GUUUGGCACAGAGAGAUAGAGAUAGAGAUAGAGAGAGAGAGAGAGAGAGAGAGAGAGCGAUUAGACGAAGGUUACCACAACUAGGAGAAUCCCAAAAAGCGUCUCUGGUAGUCAUCUCUGAGAAGGAUAUUGGUUUUGCGAAGGGACUUCAUGAAGAAGUUGUUGACCAAGAAGUGAUGUGCUUUCAGAUACUUUUUGGGUUUCUCAGGUAAACAUGUUGGUGGAAGGUUCGUUCAGCGCUUCCGUUGAAACAACUCUACUGAACGCAUCUGAGUAUCAAGCCCCAUCUGCUGCUUUUAACUGGAUGUCGCUUGCUGAAACUUAUCAGAUGAUCCACAAACCUCCCGAUGAGUCUCAAGUAAGCUUUCUUGAAGCUGUUCCAGUCCCUGAUGCAAUGAAUCUUGAUAAAUUAGAACAUUCGAAACUUCAAACAAGUUGUCCGGAAAAGGCCUUGACUUCACUUGUGUAUACUCGAAGGAAGAGAAGCCUGAGACCUGGAGGUACUGAGGAUAAUAACCCAGGAAAGUGCAAGAAACAGGAUGAUUCACUUGAUGACUCUGUUGUCCCAGUUUAUAACACUGGAGAAAGCAUAAAAGGGAAACAUCGCUUCAACAACUGUCUUGUUUAUAGCCGGAAGGAAAAAAGAGGCAUAACCAGUUGUCUUCCUACAAUAGGAGCUAAUGAUGUUUUUAACUCUGGGCACGACUGUGGAGAAACCAAGAGAAGAGGAACUCGAUUAGAUAAUUGUCUCGUGUAUACCAGCAGAAAGAAAGGUGGAGUAAACUCUAAUAGUUGUAGUUUUAGCAAACAUGUCUCUGGAGGAACCAAGAUAAGCGGUGAUCAAGCUCACUCUUCUGAGUAUAGCCAAAUGGGGCAUAUAGUUAACCCUGGAGAAAUCAAGAAUAGUGGCCAUGGACCUGUUUACAGCCAAAGCAAGCAGCUAGUGAAAUCUAAUGGUGAUACAUCUGAUGGCUUACUUGUGUAUAGCCGGAGGAAGCAGAGAGGGAAAUCUAAUGGUGCUCGGGUUAAUGGCUUUCUAGUGUAUACACGGAAGAAGCCUAAAGAAAAUAGUAUUACAGACAAUACUCAAGCUACCGAAGUGACAUCUUCUUCUAAUGGAGCAAAUGACAGCUGCUCGUCACAAUCCAGUAAAACUGGAGAAAAUGAUUCUGACUCAGAUACAGACGGUAGUAGUAGCAGCCCUUUCAGACGGUGCAAACGUUGUGAUACGGCAGGAACUGUGGAGAAGAUGUUGAUUUGUGAUGAGUGUGAAGAAGCAUAUCAUACGAGGUGCUGCGGUGUUCGAAUGAAAGAGGUUGCAGAGAUUGAUGACUGGCUCUGUCGAUCUUGUUUGAAAGAGAAGUCAUCAAGGACAAAGAUUAAGGGGAGAAUAUCACGGGAACGGAAAUGGAGAGUUUCAGAACCAUUUGUUAUAGGAGUUCGAGUAGGAAAAGAGUUUCAAGCGGAUGUUCCAGACUGGUCAGGUCCAACCAUGAGUGAUACUUCUUUUGUUGGUGAACCCCUGGAGAUUGAUCAGUCUGAAUAUAUGCAUGAUCUCAAUAAGGCCAAGAAUGGUAAGAAACCACCUUCUCCAGUAAAUUGGCUCCAAUGUAGAGAGGAGGAUAGUAAUGGAGAUAUUUGCGGAAAGUGGCGUAGGGCUCCUCGCUCAGAGGUACAGACCAACGACUGGGAAUGCUUCUGCUGCGUCUUUUGGGAUCCAUCACAUGCUGAUUGUGCCGUCCCUCAGGAACUGGAAACAGAUGAGAUCCUGAAACAACUCAAGUACAUCAAGAUGCUUAGACCUCGUUCAGACGCCAAAACGCGGAAGAUAGGACCAAAUUGUCGAAGCAGAUUACAUAAAUGAAAAUCUUUAUGAACGCAAGCUUAGCCAUAUCAGAUGCAUAUGCUUCUUCUGGAUCAGAGACUCUAGAAACUAGACAGGUAGUUAAGAAUCUUUUUUUGUUAAAACGCACAUGAGUUUUGUACCACUUGCCAAACUUCAGGAUAUUAAAAAUCCUAUAUAAGAGAUUUGAUUUGAUUAGAAUGUUAGCUCCCAAAACAGUAGUGAAUAGAUCGUU